UUAAUUUGGCAUGUUUAUACAAUCUUAUUUGAAAGUAGCAGUGGCAGACCCAACAUGAUCUGCUGUGUGGAUAAACACAAAAAGGGUGCGAAUUGCUGUUGUACAAUAUCCGGUUUUCUUAUCCUGGUUUUAAAACAUUUUUUGGAGCGCUUUAUUCGUAUGAAUUUAUGUACGUGUGCUAGCAAAAUCAGCUACGAUAACUGGGUUAGAACUAAUCUAUGUAUUCCAUUCUAUAUAUGUAAUUUCCAGCUAUCUGCCCAGCGUACACUAUUAUUGGCUCGUGAACGUCUUGACUUGUUGCGGUGCGAGGUGAAUCGUAUUUCGGCGUUGUCAGCAGUUCGAAAUCCGCCACCGCCAGUUUGUCGAGAGUUACGUGGAACGAUGACGAUAUCAAAUAUAACAGUUCAUUUGAAUAGAAGUUUUUACUGUUCUUAUGCACUUCUAAUACUUCUGAAAUGUGGUACCGAAGUGGAGGCGACAGGUCCGAUUUCGUUAUUGACACAUCAUCAAGUUCGAGUUCGUCAGCUUACGUUUGCUGAACACGUUCAGUUCUCUAAUCUUCCUGUCGAUUUCAAUGUUGUUGUGGAAGUGUACGCAAUGAAGCUGCCUAUUUCAAAAGAUAACGAGCAUUCAUGUGCUACUAAUAUUGCAAACAAAUGUCGCAGCCUAUUGAAUCCAGUUUCCUAUCGUCCGAACUACGUGUCUUCCCGUAAUGACGCGCAAGUAUCCGAAUUUGUUUGUUGUGGAUAUGUAAUCCUCAACAGAGAUACUGUUGGAGCCAACAAGUUUUAUCUUGAUGAAGCGGAAUAUCCUCUCGAGGGUACAAUUGAGGUGUAUACUCGUUGCACCACUUUACCACCAGCUAUCGAAGUCGACAAUAGAGGUUUUUUGACUAUGUAUCAAACGAUAAGUGGUAUGGCGUCAUGGGAGCGUUACUGGGCAGUAUUGCGUCGUGGUAUGGUGUACUUCUGGCGCUAUCCGGACGAUGAGUCAUUGGAGAAAGUAGGCCGUCCCAUAGCCUUCAUGGACCUCAGCAAAUGCACGAACGACGUAGUGGUUGCAUGCAACCUAGAGCAGUGUCCAAGAGAGAAUUCCUUCAGUAUUGAUAUGCUAGUUUCUACAACACCGUCAAUUAUGGAGAAAAAGCGGUUCGUGUUUCAUCGAUUUUGUUUCGAGUUCGGAUGUUAUUGGAUGCGCCUUUGCCUUCGACAAGCACGCGUUGUAGGUUUAGCAAACAGUUUUUGA